AUCGACCGUCGCCCUCAAAAGUUCCAUCUCUUUUGCAGGAUCCGAGCUCGAAGGGCCAGUCGAGACUCGGCCAUUCCAGUAAAGAGAACGAUGUACUUGAGCAGGGGAGGACAAAGCAGCCAAGACGGCGCGCAGACCCCAUGUUUGGCGAGACAGAUAGUACCGUUCGCAGCGACAACGCACUGUGCCCAAGCAGAAGGGGUUUCGGCGGGGUUUUUCUACGAAAUUGAUCACGACAAGCUCUCAUCAAAGCACCCAGAACAGCUCAAGCUAGUUCGCGUAGCCAUGGUUAGUGAAAAGGGUGGGCUGAGCGUAUCGCUGAGAUUCCCCAGCAUUUACUCCCUGAGAAAGCACUUCAGCUCCGGCGACCAGACUGACAAAAAGAAAAUGCCAGCGCUCGACGAGAAGUAUGUGUUGGGGUCUGAAAUUGCUGGCGAACUGCUCAUGCGGAGGAUCGCAGCGGAGGAGUUGGCACACAGGAAAAGCUCGUGGGGCUUCUGGGCGUACGGGAGAGCGUCGAGCCUUGCCUUGAGCACUGUGAACGCCAAGAAGGGCACGUGCUGGUCUGAGCUCAGGUGCAACGGGAUGGUCCGGUGGGGGAAGCGCCGGCAGGUCAGAUUCCUCAGUCGGCACGCCGAGAACAAUAACAACCUAAAACUUCUGUCGCAGAGCGUCGAGCAUGGGCAAACUGAGAAAGAGAAGGAAACCUGUCUAGAUAAUGAAGAAACGACAGAAGAUCGGGAGAUAGAGGUUGAGAAGAGUCCAGAAGUGAAAGAAAAAACGGAUGAAGAAGAGAAGGAUGAGGCAAAGGAGGACGAGGAUGAAGAAGCAGCAGAACCUUCAACUGCGAUCAUUAUUAGGAAGACCCGGAAGAGAAAGUGCAAAGGACAAAAGAGAACACGGGCGAGCAAAAGAGUUAAGCGCGACCAAAAAUCGCAAGUUGUUAAGGUUCAUUCUCAUUAUCACAGCAAGCGAAAGGUGAUCAAAGGCUCUAUAGAUAGGUGGUCAGCAGAGAGGUAUAAGUUGGCGGAGCAAAACAUGUUGAAGAUACUGAAGGAGAAGCGGGCGGUGUCCGGGAAUCCGAUCUUGAGGCCAGCUCUGAGAUCGGAGGCGCGGAAGCUGAUAGGAGACACGGGGCUGUUGGACCACCUGCUGAAGCACAUGGCAGGGAAGUUGGCGCCGGGCGGGGCGGAUAGGUUCCGGAGGAGGCACAACGCGGACGGGGCGAUGGAGUACUGGCUGGAGAGCUCGGACCUGAUGGAGGUGAGGAAGGCGGUGGGCGUGGAGGAUCCGUACUGGACUCCGCCUCCCGGGUGGAAACCCGGGGAUAAUCCCACCCAGGACCCGACCUGUGCCCGGGAGAUCAAGCAGCUCAAAGAAGAGAUGGCCAACCUGAAGAGAGAUAUGCAAGAGUUGGUGUCCCAAAAGCAAGAGGAAGAUCUCGCUGUGGAGACCACCCCAACAUCUUGCAUCUCUUGUUUGAACUUGGACCAUGAUAGCCCUUUAGUUCCAAUAAAGGAAAUGUAUGUUGAAUUGAAGAAAAGGAAAGCUACAAUGGAGGACCAGCUCCGGGAGGUCUCACAACUUCUUUGUGCAGUGGAGCAAUGGAUGAAGCAGCAGGAAGCGACGGAGAUGUUGAAAUUGAAAACUGCUGUGGAAUCAAGAGCCUCGCAAGAAUCGGAAGAAACAACAAUGCCAUCAUCAGCAAUGAACCCAAGAACCCAAGGAUCAUCCGAAACCGAAUCAGGACUUGGGGCAGAAGAAAGGAAGAAGAAACUAGCAAAUGCUGUAGUGACAGAUGAAUCAGAAAAAAGCCCAGAGGAGGAAGAAGAAGACAAAUUGCACUACCAAGACAAAACAACAGCGAUUAUAACAAGAGGGAUAGAGGACAAAGCAGCCAAGAUAGAGAGGCUAAAGAGUGGGUUCAGGAUCUGCAAGCCUCAGGGCACCUUCCUCUGGCCCAGCACCACCACCUCCCCACCGUCUGAGAUGGUGCUCCGCCUCCAAGACCUCCUUGUGGCCCCCACUCCCCCUUCAGUCUCCUCCUCAACCACCUCACCACCACUUCUGCCUACUUCGCCGGUCAAGCCACUAGCCGAGAAACGCCUCGUCACCCUCGCUGCUCUGCCCAGUACUACGACUCUUCCGCCUCAUCCCCUGUUGGUUCCAAUGGCCUCUCCGAGAUCUCUCAUCAACCUCAACGAAGUCCCCACCAACCAGAACAUUGGUUACUGUAGCGGAUUAUGCAGCGGAAUCUCUAACGACAAUAGCGAAAUCAUUCCAUCAAAUUCAUCGGCUGCCCUCACGUAUAAAAGAAGACAACACAGUUCGGUGCUGACCCCUUCUAACAGUGCUCCUAUUCCUGCUGUAUCUUGCGCAGCUUCCAGUGCCGUCGCAGGGACCAGGAGCAUUGGAGAUGAACCCUAUUGGAGGAUCGAUGAUGCAAGGAGAGCGAUCCUGAGUUCCGAUCCCAUCGACCACCUCAGAGUGUCCUCGCCAUCAAUGUCUCCUCCCUCCUCCUCUUCGCAUUGUUUGCCCGGGACUGGACUGUUGCCGUGGCUGGCGAGCCACUCCUAAAUCCCAAUCCAUCUCGGUAUAACGACGCCACAAGCUAGAUCGACCAUAAUCACUCUCUUUGCUUAGUAUAUGAUGAUUUUUUUUUUUUAUGGUUUUUCAUUUACCACUUCUAUUUCAUGUGGCUGAAAAUUUUACGUUUGAGGACAUGUUGGCCGUCUCCCUCCGGAUAGACGUACUACUACUGUUACAUUAUUACACGAGACGACAACACAACUCUCUAACCAAUGUCGCACCGCAUAA